UCCAUGAUUAGAGGUUGUAGAUGACAUGUAAGCAGCUCGUGAGUUAUCUCCAUCUCUCUAUAAAUCUCCAUGACCAUCUCUCAAACUACUUCGUCAUUUAGAUCCCUAAAUUGCAACACUAGAUUCUCUCAAACAAAAUGGCAGCUUUGGCUCUUUCAUGUCCCUCUAAUUCCUUGUACAGAUCUUCCUUCGCCCCAAUCCCUGCCAAAUCAACAGUGGCCGCUGCUCCUCGACUCAGGGUCUCUGCCUCGGCCACGGACACGAUGUACGACCUUCUCUCCGUGUCGCGGACCGCCGGGCCAAGCGAGAUCCGCGCGGCGUACCGACGGGUGGCCCUGCGGUGGCACCCGGACGCGUGCCGCUCCGCCGGGGAGGAGCGCCGCUACGCGGAGCGCUUCAUGGAGGCGCGAGAGGCCUACGAGGUGCUGUGCGACCCCGUCCGCCGCCGCGAUUACGACCUCGCCCUCUCCGGCGACCGCUGGGCUGCCGCCGUCGGCGCCGGCCCGGCCUUCCGCGAGGGGCGCCAUCGCCGGCGAGGAGGCGCCGCGGUGUCGUUUGGGAACUGGGAAACGCAGCUGGACGGGCUCCGGCGGCGGUCGGCAGUGGGGGAAGCCGGCGAGGAGGAGGAAACGUGGGGCGGCCGCGUGCGCCGGGCCCGCGGCGCCGCCGUCUAAUGGAUCGAGCCUUUUGGCGGCGUUUGGCAUCGAUUGGACGGCUCCGAUCGGGUGACUCCUGAAUCGAUUCGCUGGCGGCGGCUCGAUGGAAGGAACGACCUAUCUUCGAAUCGACAAACAAGAUCUCGAAAUAUUCAAUAGAUUCAAGAAUGACGGCGAAAGGAUGGGAUCAAGAUCACGAAUCUUGCGUUGGAUAUGUGAAUGAAAAUAAAGGUGGAUGGGAAUAGCUUGUGUAUGAAGAUCACAAAUGUAUAGACAGAAAUUAAAUUCUCUCUUACACGUCGAUGCUGGAUUUUACUGAA